GUCGCGGAGUUUUGCACCGGUCACAGUCUCACGCCGCCGACCGAUUUCACUCUCCCACCCACCCACCCACGGACCCCUUUGGCAAAAACACAAAUGUCUUCCCUGCCCGAACCCGGCACCGAACCCGGGUCGGGCCGUCCCGACGUCCUCGUCCACCGCUUCCGAUCCUUCGAUCUCCCCUUCCACGCCUCCCUCAACGACCACUUCACCAUCCUCGACCCGUGGACGGACUCGCCGCCGGACGAGCCCGCCCACGCCUUCCUCGCCCGCCGCGCCGGCCGCGCCCGCGCCCUCGUCUGCGUGGGCCCCACCACCCUCCCCGCCGACACCCUCCGCCUCCUCCCCUCCCUCCGGGUCGUCAUCGGCACCAGCGCCGGCGUCGACCACAUCGACCUCCGCGAGUGCCGCCGGCGCGGCAUCGCCGUCACCAACGCCGGCGCCGCCUUCGCCGAGGACGUCGCCGACUAUGCCGUCGCGCUCCUGCUCGACGUCCUCAGGCGGAUAUCGGCGGCCGACCGGUACCUCAAGGAGGGCUUGUGGUUGAAGAGUGGAAAUUACCCGCUUGGAUCCAAGUUAGGAGGAAAGCGAGUGGGAAUUGUGGGACUGGGAAACAUCGGUUCCCAAGUCGCCAAAAGGCUACAGCCCUUCGGCUGCGACAUUGCCUACAACUCGAGAAGCAAGAAGCCAUCAUUUCCGUUUCCUUACCACGCAACCGUCCACGAUCUCGCCGCCAAUUCUGAUGUCCUCGUCUUGUGCUGUGCGCUAACAGAAGAAACCCACCACGUGAUCAACAGAGAGGUCAUGACCGUUCUGGGAGAUCGAGGGGUCAUAAUCAACGUGGGGCGAGGCAGUCUCAUUGACGAGAAUGAGCUCGUGCAGUUUCUGGUGCGAGGAGAGCUCGGCGGUGCGGGCCUCGACGUGUUUGAAGACGAACCGAACGUGCCGAAAGAGCUGUUCGGUCUGGACAGCGUGGUGUUAUCUCCGCACCGCGCUGUCAUCACUCCGGAGUCGUUCGAGGCAAUGCGGGAGCUCACCGUAUCGAACCUGAAGGCUUUCUUCGUGAACGAGCCCUUGUCAUGCCUCGUCAGGCUCGAGUAACAAGGAGGCGGCAGCCCAUUCUCAUGGGUGAAGAGAUGUUUGAUUCAUAGGUUCCACAGUCUCUCAUUUGUACUGCUUUUAGGGGGGGAAAAGAAUAAAGCAGCAUGAGCUGUAUCAACGUUUUGUUGAACAGCAACAUCUCUCAGAUGAUUCUUGGGAAUGUUUGGAGGGGGGAAAAUUGCUUCCUGGCCCUCGUACUUUUGGGUCAAUCCCCCUCUAUCUGAUUAGUGUCAGAAUCCUAUCUCAAUCAGCCCCCACAGUUGUAAAAUUAUCUCAAUCUGGUCCCUUUGAACCAACGGCUGUUUAAAAUUAUUGAGGUUUGCCUCA